CUGGGCGUUGUUGAAGGAGACUAAUGAAAGAAGCCGCAGAGCAAUCUACACAGAGGUGACCAAACAACAUUACAUGACAUAGAAUACGACAAGUGUUGAAGCAAGAGGAUGGAAAUCACGACGUCUGUCCUAAAUUUACUUCUGCUUGUUCUGAUGAGUUUAGCACGUGAAACUACUGGAGAAAAUGCUUCCAUCAGUCUUCCAGAAAGUUUUCAAACCCGUCAAGCUUCUUCAAAAAACAAAUGGUUCCCAAUGCCACAUACGGAUGAGAUGUUACUUACAACCUUAAACGACUCGACCUACAUUAUAACGGGCUUUAUCCCGCCGCAUGCAGCCAAGUUUGCAGUUGAACUUUGUCCAGAAUCUACCUGUUACCCAAUUAAAGCAUUUCACUUCAGUGUUCGUUUCAAUGCUCAAGUUGUCGUUAGAACACACAGAUUAGAAACAGGCUGGGGCAAGGAACAAACAAGAGGAGGAAUGCCCUUCACAAGAGGAACCAAUUUCAACUUAAGAAUCAGAGUUACUGCGUCAAAAUAUCAAGUGUAUGUGAACCAUAGGUUUUUCACCGAUUAUACGUAUGAAUUUCCAUAUGAACAAGUUGGUUUCAUCAAAGUCUUUGGUAGUGUUCUAAUUAACAGAACGGCAGUAUUAAAUGUUGGUAAGGGAGAUAGAGUUUCUCUACGUAGAAGUCUUAAGGACGGAGACUGGAUUCGACAUGAAGUUGUUGUAUCGAAGAAUGCAACAAGGUACUGGUUUUACAUCUCUAAUACUCUACUGGGAACCAGUGUUUUUGCCAUUGAAGCACACAAAGGGGGGACAUUCCAAACAUGUUGCACUGGAAGCGACGGAGCUGAAUUGUUGUCAAUUAAUAAGACAUUCACAGAUCUAAAUAUUAUUAUGGAGACUGAAUUCUUAUCGGAUGGGGUUGUAAAGAUCUAUGAUGAUAAAAAUUUCUUAACUACGAUUAGAGUGACAAACCUUACUGUGUUAGAAGGCUCCCGCUCAAUUCAUACAAGGGAUGUUACCAAAGUGGAAUCCUUUCGUAAACCAUGAUCAUCCUUCUAUCCAUCCAGUAGCGUAGCGAGG